CGCGGGGCCCGGCCCGCAGUGACGGCCCGGAGUGACGGCUCUUAUCUCCCGGCUGACGGGGCAGAAUCCUUCAGCCCGCGUACUUAAGGCCGUGCACGGCGGGGCCGGGCCAGAGCAGCGCUUGGCGCAGACGGACGGACACCGGGACACCACUGAGGGCACCGCCACUUCCACAGCCACCGCCACCGCCACCGCCACAGCCAUCACCACCGCCACUACCCAGCCACCGCCACUGCCACUGCCCAGCCCACGCUCCGACCCCGCAGGAGAUGCUGCCAGCCACGUCCAAGCUCUGCGCCGCCAUCUCCUACCGCCACCUGCGCAACAUGACCGGUCUGAGGAGACAAGCUGCUGUGGCCAUCAGCCAGGAGCUGAGCAGGCUGGCCAGCCACAGCCCAGGACCCAGCACCUGGAUCCACCAGGUGCGCAGGAGAAGCUCCUUGCUCAGCUCAAGGCUGGAGGAGAAACCCUUCAGUGAGAUGGAAAUGUCUUACAUCAAGCAAGGAGAGGAGGCCCUGCAGAAAUCCCUCAGAAUCCUGGAGGACCAGGACGACUGGAAGACAGAGACGGUGGCGGGUAACGGGGAUAAAGUGCUGAGCAAGGUGCUGCCAGACGUGGGCAAGGUGUUCCGGCUGGAGGUGGUGGUGGACCAGCCCCUGGACACGGUGUAUGGAGAGCUGGUGGACAACAUGGAGCAGAUGGGAGACUGGAACCCCAACGUCAAAGAAGUCAGGAUCCUGGAGAAGAUUGGGAAGGACACGGUGAUCACCCACGAGAAGGCGGCUGCGACCCCUGGGAACAUCGUGGGGCCCCGGGACUUUGUGAGCGUGCGGUGCUCCAGGAGACGCGGCUCCACCUGUGUCCUGGCAGGGAUGUCCACCACCUACGGGGCCAUGCCCGAGCAGGAGGGCUUCAUAAGGGCUGAGAAUGGUCCCACCUGCAUGGUCCUGCGCCCGCUGCCCGGCAGCCCCUCCCAGACCAGGCUCACCUGGCUGCUCAGCAUCGACCUCAAGGGGUGGCUGCCCAAGACCAUCAUCAACCAGGUCCUGUCCCAGACACAGGUGGACUUCGCCAAACACCUGCGGCAGCGCCUGGCCCGGCCGGUGCCUGCGGCCUGCUGACCACCACGACCUACUGACCACAACCUGCUGACCACCAUGACCCACUGACCACAACCUGCUGACCACCAUGACCCACUGACCACAACCUGCUGACCACCACAACCUGCUGACCACAACCUGCUGACCACCACAACCUCCUGACCACAACCUGCUGACCACCAAGACCCACUGACCACAACCUGCUGACCACCCCAACCUGCUGACCACAACCUGCUGACCACCAUGACCCACUGACCACAACCUGCUGACCACCACAACCUGCUGACCACCAAGACCCACUGACCACAACCUGCUGACCACCACAACCUGCUGACCACCAUGACCCACUGACCACAACCUGCUGACCACCACGACCUGCUGACCACCCCGUGCAGGGCUUCCUUCAGGGGCCAAGUAUGGAAUCUUGUCAUUUCAAUUAGCCAAGGCCUUUAAUAGCAGACUCCACUAAUUAAUACAUAGUUACACUCAAUAAAUAGAACGGUUUAUUUAUUGAAGCUCAUUGUGUUAAGUGCAGGAAUAAAAAUUUAAUUCCUGCAGUUGCUUAACUAAGCACAUGCUGGUUCAGUCAGCCAACUCCACCCUCCCUAAUUACUUUCAAUGAAUAAAUAAAGCUUUAAUUAGUGCUGUCUACAAUUAAAGGUCUGGGCUAAUUAGUUAUUAGGGAGACAGCUGACUGGGAAGGUACAUCCUCAGUGAGGCAAACACAAGCCUGACUGAACCUCAACUUUUAUUCUCCCAAAGCUCAAACACAGCACUUACAUAACAAUUUUGUUUCCUCUCCCCCCUCAAAGCAGCUCUAAUUUAUUUUUUCCUGUACCAACACAUAAGAAAUGUGAAAUUAUUUAUUCACCCAAAGCUCUGCAAUGAUGAUCAUUAGGCCCCAUGUAACUCCUGUGCACAGAUCUUCAGCUCAAAAGAUCUCCAAGUGUAACUACUUUGUAACAAUGUACAAGACAAAAACAAGAAUAAAAAGAAGAGUUAAAGCCUUUA